GAAAAGAAAAAGGUAAUCUUUUUUUUUUUGUCAAUUAAUCUCAUUUCUAAUUUUGAUCGAUAAGUCAAACAUUGCGAUAAAGAAAUCCACAAAAAACUGGUCUGUACUUUGUAUAGCCCAGGAAUCUUUAAGUCCACAGCCAAAUAUGGAAUGAGAUUGGCAAUGCUUCCGGGUUUCAGUUUCAACUCCCAGCUCAUGCGCACAACCAAAAUCCCUGUGUGCCGAGAGAGAGAGAGAGUUAUUCACUGCAACCACACAAAUAUUGAAUCAUUAAUCCUUCGUGAGUUUGGGAGGAAGAAAAGCAGGAGGAUUAAAAUUCGGAGCAAUUGAUCCUCAAAUUCCGAAGUCACAGACUCAUUGAUAGCCUAUUUGUCAAAUCAAAAGAACUCCAGAACCCAUCAAUCCAUCAAUCCAGUUAUGGGUUUGGGAGGAUUUGAAGCCAUGGAUGAAGAAGCAGCAACCUUAUCAGCUCCAAAACCAACCCUUUCCAGGUUCAGGUACAACUCCCCUUUGGUUCAGGUCAUAAUGAUAGGCCUUGUAUGUUUCUGUUGCCCAGGCAUGUUCAAUGCCCUCUCAGGCAUGGGGGGCGGUGGCCAAGUCGAUCCAACUGCCGCCAAUAAUGCCAACACAGCCCUAUCCACCUUCGCCGUAUUUGGCGUCCUCGGCGGUGGCAUCUACAACAUCCUGGGCCCUCGUCUUACCCUUUGCUGUGGAUGUUUCACCUAUGUCCUCUAUGCCGGUUCUUUCCUCUACUAUAACCACCUACAGAACCAAACUUUUGCCAUUGUCGCUGGCGCUUUGCUAGGCAUUGGAGCCGGCCUUCUCUGGGCCGGCGAAGGUGCCAUCAUGACCUCUUACCCUCCCAAAGAACGCAAGGGUACCUAUAUAUCUAUCUUCUGGAGUAUCUUCAAUAUGGGUGGUGUCAUUGGUGGCUUAAUUCCUUUUGUUCUCAAUUACAACCGCUCAGAGGCAGCUUCUGUCAGUGAUGGAACCUACAUUGGUUUCAUGUGUUUCAUGUUCAUCGGGGUUCUCCUCUCCCUUGCGAUCCUACCGCCGAGCAAGGUGGUUCGCAACGACGGCACUACGUGUACUGAUGUCAAGUACUCCAGCGUUUCCGUUGAAGCAACUGAGAUUCUCAAACUGUUUCUCAAUUGGAAGAUGCUUCUUCUAGUCCCUGCUUCAUGGGCUAGCAACUUCUUCUACAGCUACCAGUUCAAUAAUGUGAAUGGGUUAUUGUUCAAUUUGAGGACGAGGGGAUUGAAUAAUGUGUUCUAUUGGGGAGCUCAGAUGUUGGGUUCUGCAGGAAUUGGGUAUAUCUUGGAUUUCAGUUUUCAGAGUCGGAGAAUGAGGGGUUUUGUUGGAAUUGGUAUUGUUGCCUUGUUUGGGACUGCAAUUUGGGGAGGCGGGCUUGCCCAUCAGUUGACCUACUCGUUGAAUGAUGUGCCGCCGAAGUUAGAUUUCAAGGAUUCGGGAGCCGCUUUCGCAGGUCCAUUUGUGUUGUAUUUCAGUUAUGGGUUGUUGGAUGCCAUGUUCCAGAGCAUGGUUUAUUGGGUGAUUGGGGCCUUGGCUGAUGAUUCUGAGACACUCAGCAGGUAUAGUGGGUUCUAUAAGGGAGUGCAGAGUGCAGGAGCUGCUGUUGCAUGGCAAGUUGGUACCCAUAAUAUCCCCUUGCUGACCCAACUGAUUGUGAAUUGGGCUCUGACUACAGUGAGUUACCCAUUGAUGUGUCUGCUGGUCAUCUUGGCUGUGAAGGACAAUCACGAGCCUGAUAAGGCAGCUGGCAAGGAUGCUGCUCUACCGUCAGCUCCCCUUCCCACUGCAGAUGAAGAUUAUGGAAAUGGAAAUAGGCUUGGAAAGUCCAGUUAGGGCCGAGAAUGCAUAUUUGUCCUUUUCUUUUUGGGGAUGGAUAAAGGAUGAGGUAUAUACGGUAGUGGAAAUCAGCAUCAACCAAAGAAAAUGUAAUAAGAAAUCCUUCUUCCUUUUCAUUUCUCAUGAUCUCUGGUGGUCUUUUUGCCUUUUGUCCCCAAGUGUUAAAUUGGUAUACAUCAAUUGUAAUGCUAUUUAGAUGUUAAAAAUGUAACACAGAAAUACUUUCUCCUUUCCAUUUCUUGAGAUCUGUGGUCGUAUUUUUACCUUUUUUUCCCGAUGUGAAAUUGGUAUACAACAAUUGUAAUGUUAUUUAGAUGUUGAGUAAUUUCAGUGUAUCAAAAUCUUACUCAAAUUCCUUGUUUAUGAAAAAGGAAAAGUAUGCUUCUCUAGCAA